ACCCUCACCCCCUCCUGAUGUUUGGGCAAACACAAACAGGGUUGGAGCCACUGGAGGGAGAGAACCCAGACAGGCAUACACAGGGGUAGUAUAAAGAUAUAUUCCUCUCCAGUGUCUUUCGGUUCUUUUUACAGCAGUACAUGGUGUGUACCAGAGUCAUGGCUCAUCUAGCUGCGCCUGUCCUCCUUCUCAGCUUUUCCUUGCUUUGCUGCAGCAGUCCAUCUCGUACCAGGAAGGCCAUUUCUCCCAGACAGGCUGGAGCUGAGGAUGAUGAUGUAAAGUCGCAGAUUGAGAAGUUGUGGCAAGAAGUACAUUUACUGAAGGAGAAGCAGGCGUUGCAGACAGUGUGUCUGCGGGGCAUCAAAGUACACAGGAAGUGCUAUCUUACAAUUGAGGAACCCAAGCAUUUUCAUGAUGCAAAUGAGGACUGCAUCGCUCAGGGAGGAACUCUGGCAACGCCACGAGACAUGAUGGAAAACGGCGACUUGAGAAAUUAUGCAAAGAGGAGUGCCCCAGGAUCAAGUGAGUUUUGGAUUGGUGUGUCAGACAUAGUGAAGGAAGGUCAGUAUGUUGAUGUCAACAGCAUGCCAGUCAGCUACUUCAACUGGGAUCGCUCCAAGAAGCAGCCCACAGGAACGAAGAGGGAGAGCUGUGUUGCUCUUUCAGUGGCAGCACAAGGAAAGUGGCAGGACGAGGUGUGCCGCAGCCUGAAGAAGUACAUCUGUGAAUUUGUAAUACCCUGAAAGAGGCAGCACUGAGUCAUUUGGGAUUAACAAAAUGUAAUUAUUAUUAAAAGUUAACAUUUUUCAAAACAUUUUAACUUUGAUCUAUGUAUUUCUUAAAAUUUCAAGCCACUUUUUUCUGUUUGCCUGUAUGAUUUCCAGUUUUGGUGACGUCUGUACAGAACAUGACGUUACUGCUUAACAUGUGAACCUGACUGUGGAAGAUCAACACAAAGGAAACAACAAUACAUAGUGACUUGAGCUUUAACAAACUUAACCAUGACUUGGAGAAGCAAAACCUGAAAUAUGACAGAACAAAAGAGUGACAACAAAAAAUGGUGCAACCAAAACCAUGGUUGAGUGGUAUUAAAUGAAGAAAUCAGUUGUAUUAUUUUAAGACAAACCCUGUGUGCUCACUGUGCAGUGGGGGAAAAGCUACAACAGAAACUGAGCAAGAAAAUUUAGGCACAAAAAUGAUUGAAGAACAAAACCAAUAAAUCUAAACCGAAAGGAUACAAAUUCUCACAGACGUUGCUAAUCUGGAGAUAGAUGUCUUUAAUUUUAAGAAAAAAUGGUUUUAGAAUACACCCACUGAACUGUUAGAAUGAUACAUAACAACAAACCCA